GUGUUGGAUACGUACUUAUGACAAUCUCAGCCAAAGACCAAGAAGGAGCAAUGACACCAUGUGGAGAAACGCAACCACAGCCUUGUGGGGCAAUAUCCUGGUGAUCUGGGUGGUGAAGUUUACCCCAGCGUUUCAGAAGACCAUCUACUACUUCAUUGUCUCAUUGGCAGUAGCUGAUAUCACUGUUGGAAUUGCCAUGCCAGCGGCUAUUGUAGUGAGCCUAGAAAUCAGUAUGAUAUACGAAGCCUGCCUCUUCAUGUGUUGCCUGCUUGUGGCUUUUACUCAAGCCUCCAUCCUGUCCUUGCUUGCCAUAGCAAUCGACAGAUAUUUGAAAGUGAGGCUGCUUGUCCGGUACAAAACCAUAACUACUGAGAAAAGAAUCUGGGUGAUUCUGGCAGCCAUCUGGCUCCUGUCACUACUGAUGGGAUUUGUUCCCAUGUUCGGUUUCGCAGCAGAAAGCAGCAACAAAAAUGUGACAUGCAAGUUUAUAAAAGUUAUGAAAAUGGAAUACAUGAUAUACUUGAGUUUCUUUGCUGGCACCCUUUUCCCACUGAUUCUCAUGUGUGUCCUUUAUGCAAAGAUUUUCUGCAUCAUCCGCACAAAGCUGAAACACUGUUCAGUGAACGUUACAAGGCAAAGAGUAUUUUAUAGACAUGAGUUAAAGACUGCUAAGUCUUUGGUCCUGGUCCUCUUCUUAUUUGCUGUCUGUUGGCUCCCAAUGUGUAUUAUCAACUGCAUCAUACAUUUCUAUUCUAAAAAUAUCCCAAAACCUGUCAUAUACACAGGCAUCCUUCUUUCACACUCCAAUUCAGUCAUGAACCCCAUCAUCUACGCUUUCAGAAUAAAGAAGUUCCGAGAAGCCUGCAACCAGAUUUUAAGAACCUAUAUUCUGUGUAGCAAUCCGAUACAUAAUCCAUCUACUAUAAACAGUUCAUCUGAAAUACUAUAG